UUCUGUUUUUGAGAAAAAGAAUUUUCAAGGAUCAAAAAUGAAUGAUAAAGCUAGAGAUUUACUUGAUUAUGAAAAUCGUGAACGAGUGGAAAAUCUUUCACAAAAAGUUUCAUUAUUAAAAAACUAUGCUGUUGAUAUUGAAAAUGAAACUAGACAUCAUAAUCGAUUAUUGGACGAUGUGGACGACGAUGUUGGUAGUAAUUAUGUUUUCCUCAAAAAUACAAGCAAUCGUUUAAAUCGUUUAAUGCGUACGAAUAAAAAUUCUCGAUUAACCUGUUAUCUAGCGAUUGGUAUUUGUUUUAUACUUUUUUUGAUUUAUUUUCUAUUAUCAUCCAGAAUGCAAUGACCACUUUUUUCAUUCCUUCAUCAUCAUCAUCAUCAUUGUUAA